AUGCACCGAAGUCGGCAGGCAGGGCGUGCCCGCUCGGGUGCAGGAAUGCGAGACCCACCCACACCUGUCACUUCAGCGCAGCGCACAGGAAAAGUCUUCAAUUUCAGCCCACGUGCGCGAAAUUCGCUCGACGACUCUCUCCGAGCCGUUCCGACCCUCCACCCAACCCAACCCCCAGUCUGCGCCAUCAAGAUGGCGAUCAUCACGAGAGUUGUCUCUAUAACGAACUUCGUCGUCGCUAGCAGCGCGCUAUGCUUCCAAGUCUUCGUCCUCUACCCAUGGCACAAAGAACUUGACGAAAACUUCGAGAAACUGAAGAAGGAGCACAUCAGAGUGCUGGACAACAUCAAGGACCUCUCAGAAGCAGGCGCUGAGAGGGACAGGAGCAUCGGCGCAUCUCUCACGAGGCAGAAGACGCUGCGAGAGUACCUCGGACUUGCAUAG